AUGUUCGCCAUCCUGCUCGGUGUUACGGUGGCUCUGCUGUUUGCUUAUCUCAUCAAUGAAUUUCGUCGACCAACCAAUUACCCACCGGGCCCACCCUGGCUUCCGGUGGUAGGAAACACACCCUACAUACGAAAGCUCGCGCGGCAAUAUGGAGGACAGCAAAAAGUGUUCGAACUGUUGGGUAAAACCUACCGCAGCAAUGUGAUCGGACUGAAGCUGGGCCGGGAGUAUGUUGUCGUUGCACUCAACUACCCCGCCGUCAAUGAGGUCCAUCGGAACGAUGUAUUUGCCGGACGGCCCGAUAACUUCUUCAUUCGCUUGCGGACAAUGGGAACAAGACUUGGCGUAACGUGCACGGAUGGACCGUUCUGGGCGGAACAUCGCAACUUUGUCACGCGCCAUCUGCGACAGAUCGGGUACGGUCGGCAACCGAUGCAGCUGCAGAUACAGAACGAACUGAACGAGUUGGUGGAUGUGAUACGCGUGCGCCAGGGAGAACCAAUAUGGCCCGCCAGCAUCCUGUCAACGAGCGUUAUCAACGUGCUGUGGACAUUCGUGACCGGAUCGCGCAUUCCACGGGAAGAUGAUCGGCUACAGCGAUUGCUCCGUUUGCUGCAGGAACGCUCAAAAGCCUUCGAUAUGUCCGGUGGGGUGUUAAGUCAACUGCCGUGGCUUCGAUUCAUCCUGCCGGAAUGGAGCGGAUACAACCUGUUGCGUCGUUUCAAUCUCGAGUUGAAUGAAUUCUUUGCACCGACCAUCGCCGCACAUCACCGCAAUUUCACCGAUGACAAAGCCAAUGACGACCUGAUCUACGGUUACAUCAAGGAAAUGCGUGACCGUCGCGAUGAUCCCGAAUCCACCUUCACCGAUCUUCAGCUCACGAUGAUCAUACUGGACAUCUUCAUCGCCGGUGGACAAACGACGAGCACAACGCUUGAUCUGGCCUUCAUGAUGAUGAUCCUGCGCCCGGACAUACAGGCCCGCAUUCGUCAGGAGAUCGAUGCGACGUUACGUCCCGAUGAGCUACCGCAGCAAACCGAUCGUUCGCAGCUACCGUACACCGACGCGUUCCUGCUGGAAAUUCAACGAUUCUUUCACAUCGUCCCGGUUAGUGGACCGCGGCGUACGCUCGCCGAUUGUUCGCUGGGUGGCUACCGGCUACCGAAAAAUACCACCGUGCUAAUCGGCCUCCGAACCGUGCACAUGGAUGCGGACUAUUGGGGCGAUCCGGAAGUGUUUCGCCCGGAGCGAUUCCUCGAGUGUGCGCAGGAUACGACGAGCAAGGCCCAUCUACACACCGACCGGUUAAUGUUUUUCGGCAUCGGAAAACGGCGCUGCUUGGGCGAGGUGCUAGCGCGGGCCUGUUUGUUUACGUUUUUCGUAGGAGUGAUGCAAAAGUUUGAGCUACUUAAACCGACGGAAGGGAAUCGUGCGAUGGAACCGUCGAUCGUGCUGCGACCGGGUAUAACGCUCUCGCCCAAACCGUACGAAGUAGUGUUUCGGUCACGAUUAUAGUGCAAUUUAAUGCUAGUUAUAGGAUAGAAAAUGUCACUUUUAGUAACAGCAGCUUAGUAAUACAAAUAUUCAACAGAAAAGUGCCAUACAUUAGAGUUGCUUUUAAUUGCUUUUUGGUAAAGGGCAAUGCUGACUGCUGCCUUUUUUUCUAAUAAAAAUAGCAAAUAUCACCAUAACCAAGGAAUACUCUCGCAUAUUGGCGAAUAAACACAGAAAAGUUUGCCGAACAACGCAUAAAUUAAAAGGUGCAGCGCUGCAUAUUGCAUACUUUAAGGCGUUUAUGUGAAUUAAAUGAAACUGAAGUUUAUAACAGGUGGAAGGUGGAAUUUGCGAGAUGUAAACUUUAAACCAAUAAAAGCAAGGUUUUAUACACAUUUUAUAUACAUACAAGCAACUUCGUACACACAUUAAAGGUAAUAAAACU